GCGUGCGUGGCCCCCUCGUCUCGUCUCGUCUCGUCUCCGUCUCGGUCUCAAAAGCCUCUCGCACCACCACAACCACGGCCACGGCACCAUCUCGGGACCAUCACCGCCGCCGAGCACGUCCGCCGCCUGCCCGUCCUCCUCCCACCGGUGCCGCCGCCGCCGCCUCCUCCAAUUCCCUCCCUCCCGCCCACCCCCACCGCUACUGGCCCGGGGCCUCGGAAUGGCGUCGCGCGGAGGGAGAUCCGGUAGCUAAGUCUAGCUGAAGUGACGAGUGGCAGCCUUGUUCGACCGGGCGGCUUCUGCUUGGCCGGAAUUGUGAUGGAUCCAGAAAAACAAAAUGGGAUGAGCCUGAUGGACAAGAGACAACUAGUGUACGAAGUUGCAAGAUGGCCGCAAGGUGCCGUGGAGAUUCUUCAGUGCUGGACCCGCAGGGAACUUCUUGAGCUUAUUUGUGCUGAGCUGGGCAAGGAGAGGAAGUAUACCAAUGUCCCAAAAGCUAAGAUGAUUGCUUAUCUAUUGAAGUUAGUUUCACGAAACAGUGGAAAGAAUGGACAACUCAAGGAUGAUAAUGCAAAUGUUAUGUUAUCAGGGCGGGAUAACAAAGAUGAAACACAAAUGAAGGAAUCUGAGGAACAAUCACGACCACUCAAAACUGCAAACUCUGAUCCAUCAAUACGCAGAGAGGCUCGUCCUGGUAGUUCAGUAGUGUGCAGCAAUGUUGCAUGCCAAGCCACACGGAAUGCAGGAGAUAAAUAUUGCAAACGUUGCUCUUGCUGCAUUUGCAAUAAGUAUGAUGAUAACAAAGACCCUAGCUUGUGGUUGGUUUGCAGCUCUGAUAAUCCAUACAGUGGUUGUUCAUGUGGUGUCUCUUGUCACCUCAACUGUGCUCUAAAGGAUAAAAAGGCUGGCAUUGUCAAGAAUGGGUGCAACAAGUUAGACUGUAGUUUCUGCUGUGUUAGUUGUGGGAAAAUCAACUGGCUAAUGAGGAGUUUGCAGAAACAACUUGCAAUUGCUCGGGAGGCAAGAAGAGUUGAUGUGCUUUGUGAGCGGCUGUCACUGAGCUAUAAAAUGGUAAAAGGCUCUGAACGUUACAAGGAAAUAGUGAGCCUGAUCAGCUCAGCUGUGAAAAUACUUGAAAAAGAAGUUGGUGGUGCGUUGGAUCAGGUUUCUGUGAUCACGGGGCGUGGGAUUGUGAACCGGCUUACUUGUGGUGCUGAAGUUCAGAAGCUUUGUUCAAGUGCAUUAGAAAUUGUAGACUCUACAGUGGAUAACAUCUUGGAGUUCAAGUCGAAUAAUAGUUCAAAAUCCCUAGGUUCCCAGCCCCAAAUCGUUGAGAUCACUCCAUUUUCUGUGGCUAUUGUGCUGAAGUAUCAGGGUAACAUUGGUAUCCCUCAGAUUGAUGGUUCCAAAGUUUGGCACCGAAGUGCCAAGGUUUGCAACUAUUCAUCAGAGCCCACAUGCCACAUACUGAGGCCAAAUACUAGGUGCCUGGUUUCUGGGCUGAGCCCUUCAACUGAAUACUUCUUCAAGGUUUUGCCUUUUAGCAGCAUACAAAGGUUUACUGAGUGGGAGGCAAAAUGCAGUACACGCAGCCUGGACCAUGGUAGCAGCCAAUGCUCAACUCAGAACUCUGAGAGUAUGUGCCUCAAAGAGGAUUCAAUGCAGCAUCAGAAAAAGGAUUUGAAUGUGCAGAAUCAUCAGAGAACCAUUCAAUAUGAUUCACCUAAGGGUUCUACAAAUUCAAGUGAGAACAAUUUAUCAUGUGAGCGGUAUUCCAAGCGGGCUAAGGUUGCAAGGUUAGAUGGUGCAAGUGACAAUGAUGAAAACCAGUUGCCGCCAACUUCUGAAGUUUUACCAUUUGCAAGCUCCAACUCCUCUCCUUCCGAAGCUCCAAGUAAACCUGACUUGCUUAUUGGCACCCCAGAUUCAGCCUCCAAGAACUAUGUGGAGCAGCAGUAUGAGUACUGUGUGAAGGUGGUCAGGUGGCUGGAGCAUAAAGGGCACAUGGACAAUGACUUCCGUGUAAAGUUCCUCACUUGGUUCAGCCUGAAGGCAACAGCACAGGACAGGCGAAUUGUGGGCGCCUUUGUAGAUGCUCUUAUCGGUGAUCCUGCAAGCUUGGUUGCCCAACUGGUUGAUGCAUUUAUGGAUGUCAUCUGCAUCAAGGAAAAGCCCUCUCAAGCACAACAGAAGGAUGCAUACUGCAAGGUUGCAUCCGGAUUCUGUUGAGACAGAUAUUUGGCACUUGAGAUAAACUCUUAGAGGUUAUAGAAGACGCUAAGAUGUUGUAGAUGCUUCAUUUGGCAUUCAGGCCCAUCUGAUAUCUCAUUUAUUCAUUCAAAUUCAGUCGGUAGGCAGACUAUUGAUCCAUGAAGACAAUCAUGGUGGAACUUAUGUGCUAGUGAGACAUGGUUCAUGAACCAGUUCUGAGUUUAGCCUUCAACUAUAAUAAGUAGUUGGAGCUUGUUAGCAGACAAGCAACUGUAUGCAUGCAUAUGUGGAAUGCUAUGGUGGAUCCGCAAGCUAACUAUUGUGAAAUCAUAUCAUGACUUUGGAGAUGUUUAUUAUUAUUAUUAGUUGACUCA